AUGGCCCUGACCGCUGUGUCUUCUCUGUCUGCAGGAGCCAUGACGCGGCGCUUGCUCUUGUGGCCGCUCCUCCUGCUCCCGCUGCUGCUGGUGCUGCCCCCUGCUGGCCACACAGCCCUGUGUCCGAAGCGCUGCACCUGUCAGAACCUCAUGCCGUCCUUCACCGUGCUCUGUGCCAACACGGGCCUGCUUUUCGUGCCUCCGAACGUGGACAGGCAGACGGCCGAGCUGCGCCUCAUGGACAACUUCAUCACCACGCUGCGCCACCGCGACUUCGCCAACAUGUCCAGCCUGGAGGAGUUUGUGUGCGAGCCGCCCAUGAUCACCCGCCACACGUCUAAGAUGUUUGUGAUGGAGGGGCAGGAGGUGAGCCUGCGCUGUAAGUCCAUCGGAGACCCAGAGCCCAUCACCCACUGGGUGAGCCCCGACGGUAAACUCAUGGCCAACACCAGCCGCACCAUCUGCUACGACAACGGCUCCCUGGACAUCCUCAAGGCCUCGGUCAAGGACUCAGGGAAGUUCACCUGCAUCGCCUCAAACGCUGCAGGAGAGGCCACGGCCCCGGUGGAGCUGGUGGUCAACCCUUCCCCUCACUAUGAGCCCAAACUGGAUGCGGAGCCAGGCCCUUCCGACGUGCCCACCUCCAUCAAGUCCAACUGGAGCGGGGGCCAGGCCCGGGGCGAGCAGCAGCGCGUCAGCGUGUCCCACCUCAGCUCCAGUUCCGCCACUGUCACCUGGCCUGACCAGAGCCACAUCCCAGGGGUGCGGAGGUACCAGGUCCAGUACAACAGCUCCAGAGAUCACAUCCUCAUCUACAGAGCUGCUUAUCUCAGCCUCGUCCCGCUCUGGAGCCAUGCACAGGAAACAUGA